AUGGGUCGUCUCCAGGAAUACCAGGUGAUCGGGCGCCACCUGCCCACUGAGGCCAACCCCAACCCGGCCCUCUACCGCAUGCGCAUCUUCGCGCCCAAUGAGGUCGUCGCCAAGUCGCGUUUCUGGUACUUCCUCCGUGGCCUGAAGAAGGUCAAGAAGGCCACCGGCGAGAUCGUCAGCGUCAAUGUGAUCUCGGAGAAGCACCCCCUGAAGGUUAAAAACUUCGGCAUCUGGCUCCGCUACGACUCGCGCUCUGGCACCCACAACAUGUACAAGGAGUACCGUGAGACCUCGCGCGUUGCCGCCGUUGAGGCCAUGUACGCCGACAUGGCUGCCCGCCACCGUGCCCGCUUCAGGUCGAUCCACAUCCUCAAGGUUGUCGAGCUUGAGAAGACCGAGGACGUCAAGCGCCCUUACAUCAAGCAGCUCGUCGCCAAGAACCUCUCCUUCCCUCUCCCUCACCGUGUCCCCAAGAUCAGCACCAAGAAGAUCUUCAGCGCGAAGCGCCCUUCCACUUUCUCUUAA